AUGACUCUCGAUCCCUUCAUACCCAUCGCCCCGGCUAGGAUAAAAGUGCUGGUGCUGCCCAUCGGCCACAUCAAACGGGAGCGCUUCACCGCCUUCGUCAACCGCCUCAAUGAAGAGCACAUUGUCCACCUCCGGGACGUCACGCCCGACAGCCGGCCUCACAGAAACAUGUUCUCCCCCCUGGCCUUCCCGGGAGGCGCAAUGUUCUACGAGCUCAUGACCCACCAGCCCUCCCCUUCCCACCUCGCCCUCUCCCCCUUCGACCUCUGGCGCGAACAGCUAGCCGUGAUCGCCAUUGCCGACGGCACAGAGCUAGGCGCCUCAGUCUUCAACAAACGCCACUCCGGCGCCGGCGGCCGAACGGUAGAAGAAACCAACAUCCGAACCCUCUACCAAGACCUCGAAAACCUCCGAGACCAAUACCCAAAGAUGCUCGCCCACCAGGUCCUCAUCUUUGACUACCUCCCCGCCGGGGAGAACCCGAUCCCCAUCCCAGAAGGGAUAAUCACCAUCCCCCCACCCGACAAGCUCAAGCGCACAACCAUAAAGACGGUCAUGUGCGACGUGUCCUCCAUCAUCCUCGCCGAGAUGACCACCCUGGCCAAGUCUUUUGAGGGGCUAUCCCACAUCGACUCACCCGGUGUUCACUCUUCGGCCGCCCAAGACAGGAUGAAUGGUUUGGUGGGACAGGAUGGGAUGGCCAGGAGGAACUCGCAGUUUGCCCUCCCCGGCGGCAGCCGGUCCGUCUCGGCGACCGCUCUGGCAGAUCGCGGCCACCACGCGCGCAUGUCGAUGCCUCCUGUUUCGUCCUCCAAAACGGCGUCUUUUGGCGGCGGCGGCGGGUCGAGUAGUUCUACGCCGUCGGUGAGGCCUACUACUCCUAUAAGCGGGAACAAACCACUUCCCAAUCCGCCGCUCUACACGUUUGACAAUAUCAUUGGUCCCGCCUCUUCGGACCAACCACCAGCACGAUCCGACCCAACCGAUAGCUUUGGCAGUCAUGACAAAGUUUCUGUCCAAGGUUUUGGCUCGGGGGGUAUGGACGCGAGGAUAAGGUCCAAGUCUCGGUGUCGUAUCCAGGUUGUCAUUGGGAGUUUGUACCUCCAAUCCGGCCUCUGGUCCAACGCGCUGAAGGAGCUGACCGAAGCGGCCACGGUGGCCAAGUCGAUCAACGAUCAUGUCUGGCACGGGAAAGCGCUGGAGUUGUGUCUAGUCUGUCUGUUGUUGCUUGGAUGGGCGGGGAUAGAGUUUGCGAUCCCUAGCGUGCUGCUCCCGCCGGGUGACAAAGGGAGCGGGAUAGCGCAGCAGAUCAACGAGGCGGAGGCAAAAGACCCGAGGCAGGAGAAGUGGCUGAGGCAUCUGCAGUGUUACAUACCCGAGGUGGUGGAGAGGAUACUGGGGUUGUACUCGAGGCUGACGGCCGAGUGUUUGCCGCCUGUGCCGUGGAGCGAGGCGGUGGUGAGGUUUGCGAGGAUGUUGACUGCGCUGCACGUGGCUGGGGGGAGGUUGGGGAGGGAGAGCUUGGGGAUGAUGGUUUUGGGGGUGGAGGAGGGGGAGGGAGAGGGGAAGGGAAAGGGGAAGAGGUUGCUGACCACGAGUCCGAGGUUUACGGUGAACCCGACGAGGACGGUGAUUGUGCAGAUGGUUUUCAGGGCUUUUCCUGCCAGUGCGGCGAGCGAGUUGCUGAUGACUGUGGAUCGGGUGACAAUUCUGAGCGGGAUUGCGAGGGUGCUUGGGAUGUUGGGGUUUCAGAGGAAGAAGGCGAUGGUGGUGAGGGAGUUGGUCAGUGUGCUGAUUGGGGGGCUGGUGGAGGCUAGGACGAGGGGGGCGGCGGACGUGGGGAUCCAUCCGGCGGCUGGGCUGGUUGGGUUGAAUGGGAUGAAUGGGGGGGCGGGGGGUGGUGGUGGGAGUGGUGCGGGUGCUUUGGAUUUGGCAGAGGGGGAUGUUGAGAGGGGGAUUGACGAGUUUUUGGGGGUGUUGCUGAGGACGUAUGGGGUUGUGGGGGAUGUGGGACAGGCUGGGAAGGCGAGGGAGAACAUGCAGGUUGCCGUGACGGAUGAUGAUGAGAAGACUACGACGACGAGGGACACGAAGGAUACCGACUUGGAGGUUGUGGCGAGGAUUCAGAGGCAGUCGGCCGCGAGGUUUUUCGGCAUGCAGACUGUCAAGUUGAAUAUCCUGAGGUCGUGCAUCAACUUCAGCGAGGCCUUGCCUGACUUUGCGGGAGUGUUGAAAUACUCGAGCGAUCUUUUGAGGACGGCGGGAAGUGGGAUUGCGCCUGGUCCGAGGAGGGAGGAUGCUUAUCCUGCGAUAUCGAGGGAGGAACAGGUUCGUCUGAUGGCCAAUAUUCUCAAGACGUCGAACUUGUCCAAGAGGAUGGGCAUUGGCGAGCUGGCGGCUGAGUACUGGGACGAGUUUCUGCUCAGAGGCAUAAGGCUGGAACCUUUGCCUGUCACGAGAACGCCGGUUGCGCACGCCAAAACGGUCUUGCCUGGAGCGGCGACUGCUCGGGCUUCGCAGGAUGUGGACCCAUUUAUUUACAAUCCCUUUUUGAAGCGACCGGACACUGCCAUGGUUGAGUCGACGUUGGUUGCUGGUGAGCCAGCCACCUUUCGGCUGACACUCCAGAACCCUUUUGAAAUGGAGGUGGACAUUGAAAGUGUUCGUCUCGACACGGAAGGGGCCGAUUUUGAAUCAGGUGUCGAGCACACUAUUAUUGGACCCUAUCGGACGCAAAUCUUGAGAAUAUCCGGCACACCAAAAGCUGGCGGGACCGUCAAGGUUACGGGCGCGGUGAUCAAAGUGAGAGGCUGCCGGGAGAGGCGGUUUCCCAUUUUUGUUGAGCCUUGGGCCCCUGACAAUGAAACCAGAACAAAAGCUUCUGGGAUCACUGCCCUUGAGGCGAACAUGGUUGCCGUGUCACCGGCUGUCGAGCGUUUGAAGCCCUACAACUUUGACCUCAAAGUCAUCUCUCCACAGCCUACUGUGGUAGUCAAGUCGUCUACCCUCCCUCAGUCCUCGGUGAUGAUCUUGGAAGGGGAAAGGCAGCGGUUUUCAGUCACCUUGCAAAACCUGUCACCUGACACUCCUGUUGAUUUUCUUUUGUUUUCUUUCAAAGAUUCGACACAGGAACCCCUUCAAACCGCACUCAACAGCCGCGAUGCCACGGCCACGGAGCUCUACGAGUAUGAGCUCAUCCUGGCCAAGAAACAGGCGCUCCGUCUCCGCAACCGUGCCCGCAACGACCGGUUUAUCGCUCCCGGCCAAACAGCCACAUUUGACUUUGAAAUCUUGGGCAAACCUGGUCUGACGCACGGUCUGAUCCAGGUCGACUACGCGCACUUGGGUGUGCCCCCGGAUGAGAUCGCCGAGCAGUUCUACACCCGCCAAGUCUCGAUGGAGCUGACUGUGACGGUCAACGCCAGUGUUGACAUCAGCCGGGUGGACGUCAUACCGUUGAAUAGCUCCAUCCCCGAGUCGCUUUGGACCAAAUCCCUGGAUAAAACAACCCAACUCCUCACCCCGGAAACGCACUGCCUCUUGCUCCUGGAUCUAAGGAACUCCUGGCCGAGCCAGAUGACGGUGUCGCUAUCAUCAGGCGGCGGGGAGAAUGACAGGCCGAUCGGCAUGGAAGAACAUAUACUGCCGGGUAACACCACCCGUCUUGUCCUGCCCAUCAGGAGGGUUUAUCUUGAAGACCCCCACGCUUUCAUCCCGGCGCUCAACCCCUCUCGCCAGAGGCAGUUUGUGGUUUCGACCAAGAUUUCCCCCGAAGCCGAAAAAGCAAGCCGCGAAGCGUUUUGGUAUCGGGAAAAAGUCCUUGAUUCGCUCCGGGGGACGUGGAAGACUUUUACAGGCAAGACGAGAGAAGGGGAGAUUAGCUUUAGGGGGAUGAGGUUCAACAGCAAGAUGGUCGAUGUGAUCAGGGUUGAUGAGGUUGACAUUGAUAUCUCCCUCUCUGGGUCGGGGGAAAGGGAGGGGGGGAAGGAGGGGAAGGCAUACGUCGACGAGUUUCUGGAGCUCAAAGUAAGGGUUGUCAACCGGGGGAAAAGGCCGGUGUUGGGGUUGUUGAGGCUCAUGCCUGUGCUUUGCCAUCGGCCGUUUAAUGUCUCUUUGGAUUUUACGAGGAAGAUGGCAAAGUUUGCGUGGAAUGGGAACUUGCAGUUUCCGAUUGGACGGGUGGCGGGGGAUGGCGGGGUGAGGGAGGUGAGCAUGGGGGUUACGGUUUUGUGCAGGGGGGCGUUUGAGAUUGGGGGGAGUGUGGAGGAGGUUGUGCCGUAUGUGGAGGAGGAAAACGGGGAGGGGAAGAAGGAGGUGGAGGAUUUUGGGUUGAUGGUUGCCGGCGGGAGGAGGAGGGAGAGGAGGGUUUGGCAUGCUAGGAGGGGGUGUAGAGUUGUAGUGAGGGAUCGGCCUGAGGAGUAA